AUGGCGUUAGCGGCACCGCGGGUACACCUGCACUCCUCUCCGGCGCCGCCCCUCUCGACGAGCCGCCGCCGUUCCCCGCGCGUUCUCCUCCCCGGCAACGCUGUGCUCCGGCGCCGGCAGACGAUGUUCUUCGACGCAGCAGCCCGCGAGGGCUUAUCUUCUUCUUCUUCGCCGUCGCCCGCUGCUGCUGCUGCUGCUGCUUCUGCUGGGAGUCCGGUGACCUUGGUGGAGUACGUGGGGAACGGCGCGGGGGACGACCUCUCUGUGCUGUUCACCCACCUGCAAUACGCCUGCAAGAGGAUCGCCGCCCAGGUGGCCUCCCCUUUCAAUGCCGAGUUGGGGCGUCGCCAAGGGGGGAACAAGGAGGCCGCUCCGGGGACUGUAAUGACGGGGAGGGACGCCCCCAAGCCGCUCGACGUGAUCUCGGUAAAUUCCGCCUCGUUUUCAUGCCGAUGUGUUCUCUUUUCCCUCUCUCCCUCUCGGCUACUGACCGACUGCGCGGAAUCUCUGCAGAACGAGAUAAUUCUGUCGUCCCUAAUUCGGUCCAGGAAGGUGGCGGCCAUGGCGUCGGAGGAAGACGAUGCGCCGGUCUGGCUGGCCGACGACGGCCCGUUCGUGGUGGUCACUGAUCCCCUCGACGGCUCGCGGAACAUCGACGCCUCCAUCCCCACGGGGACGAUCUUCGGGGUUUACAACCGCCUGGUGGAAGUGGACCAUCUGCCAUCGGAAGAAAAGGCGUCGCUCAACUCCCUCCAGAGCGGCGCUCGUCUCGUCGCCGCCGCCUACGUCCUCUACUCCUCCGCCACCAUCUUCUGCCUCAGCUUCGGAUCUGGAACACACGCCUUCACCCUCGAUCAUUCCACCGGAGAAUUCGUCCUCACCCACCCCUUCAUCAAGAUUCCCCCCAGAGGUACGCAAACAUUACGCUUCUUCUUCAUCUUCUUCUUCUUGGUUGUUCAUCGUUGCUCAUGGCUGUUCAUCAUUGCUCGUCAUCAUCAUCCAGGGCAGAUAUACUCCGUGAAUGACGCGCGGUACUUCGACUGGCCGGAAGGGCUCCGGCGGUACAUCGACACGGUGCGACAGGGGAAGGGGCGAUUCCCGAAAAAGUACUCGGCGAGGUACAUCUGCUCCCUGGUGGCGGACUUCCACAGAACCCUAAUGUACGGGGGGGUGACGAUGAACCCGAGGGAUCAUCUCCGCCUGGUCUACGAGGCCAAUCCGCUCAGCUACCUCGCUGAGAACGCCGGCGGCAGAGGGUCCGACGGGAAGCUGAGGAUCCUCUCCAUUCAGCCGGUCGAGCUGCACCAGAGGCUGCCUCUGUUCCUCGGCAGCCCAGAGGACAUGGAAGAGCUGGAGAGCUACGGCGAUGUCCAGCAGAAGAUAAAUCCUGGGUAUGAACUCUGA